AAAGCAUAAAAUCCUUCACAUGAAACAGCGACAUUUCAAACCAUCAAACAAGACUCUUUUCAAUCCUAGAUUACCAAGUCAUUGAAUUUAUGCAGGUGCAGGUGACUUUUGCAAUAUUUGUUCCAACCCAGUGAACACACAGGCGAGUGUUGCAAGCCUGGAAUUUAAAGAGCUGACUACGUGCCCUUUCAUUAAAUCUUCAGACGGGAUUGGAAUGAGACUCUGGGAGGGACACAAGACUUUUCCACUUCCUGAUACACAUACAGCUUGCUCUUACUGCAGGUGGAUCCACACAUUCUUCUUCAUUUCUCGGCAGGAUGCCGUACAAAGAUCUCAUAAAGUAUUGGCAUGAAGGAGUCCUGGCAGCAGACAAUCAGAAUCUGGAUUCAGCUUUGGAGAAUUUUUUAAGGAUUGGGGAUCCCACAUCAAAGAUUUGGUUCAAUGUUGGAUGUGUCCAGGUCCUGAAAGGAGAUCUAGAGAAUGCCUUGGAGGCCUAUAAUCAUGCUCUCACAAAGGACCCUUGCCUAGCUGUUGGAUUUUUUCAGAGAAGUUAUGUAUAUUUCAAGCUUGGAAGGUAUGAGAAGGCAUUGAGUGACUGCCACCUGGCCCUAGCACAGCUGAGAAACAACAGUGUUAUAGAUUACAAGCAGCUUGGACUCCGCCACCUACUCUUCACCUGGGAGAUUCUUUAUAACACAGCGAUUGUCCUUUGCCACAUGGGGCAAUGGGACUCUGCACAGGAGAAGCUCACUGGGGCUGUCAGCUAUUUGCCCAGCGAAUCCAAAAAUGCCCCGUUGAAAUCAGCCUUGGACCAUGUUCAGAAACGUGUUUUGCUCCAACCGCUGCAUGUACCAGAGAGCGAGCUCUUCAGGCCAAGGAAGCAGGAAGUCGAGCAGCUAAAAUCCAAAGAUUUCCUGGGGAAACCAAAGGUCAUCUCCUCUGUGGUUCCAAAUGAUCAAUACAGCGGAUUCGAGCCUCUUCGCCCUCAGAAGCCUGGAUUUUAUGAGCCUUGUCAAGAAGCCAUGCAAGGUCGCGAGGCUGGCUAUCAUCGCGUUUUAGUCCAUUAUUACCCAGAAAAUUCCGGGGAGGUGGCUGUGAAGGCCAACAGCAUUGUGUACAUCCUGAAUAAAGACGGUGACUGGGCUACUGCCAUCCACGACGGUCAAAAAAUCCUCAUUCCCACCAAUUUUCUGGAACCAAUAAAUGCUCCUAAAGCUGAUAUGACGAAAGUGAAUAAUGGAAUCCCUCUACCACCCACAAAGAUGCCCCCAACUAGGCCCAAUGUCAAGCCAACGGGUAAUCCAUCACUAGAUCUGGAUGUGCCAAAGAGACCUGCCCGUGACCUACCAGAACAAAAAAAAGAGACAGUGAAGGUGAAAGCUGGUCAACAAAUGCCUCUUCAAAAGGUGGAGAUGGUUGUCAGUUUGCAAAGUGUACCUCAGACCAAACAGGAGGUCACGGUGGCCAAGCAAGACCAGAUGUGCGCAAGAGAGCCCGUAGGUGAAGAAGACAGCCUAAUAACAUUACAAGUACACACAGAGUUCACUGUAAACCUGUCCGUGAAAAAGGACAUCACUUAUACUGAGCUACAGCAUCAUCUCAGACAAAAGCUUAAGCAACAUGGAGAGCAAAUUAACAUCCAGCUGAGUUACAGGGAUUCUGAGGAGAAGCAAGUCACUCCAGUGAAAGAAGAUGCUGACCUCAAGAGAAUGUGGGAACAAGCCAAGCAGAAUAAGCUCAUCCUGUGCUGUAAGGACGCAUAUAACUGCGUGGGUAGACCUAUCCUAUAUCACAUGAAAGCCAUCUACCAAUAUUCUCCAGAAGGACCAGAAGAUCUGACCUUUAACCAAGGCAACAUCAUUGAUAUUCUCUCAGAAGUGAAUGAGGAGUGGCUGGAAGGUCACUGCAAUGGAAGAAUCGGUAUUUUCCCCAAGUGUUUUGCUACAAGACUUGAGUGAGACCUAAAAAAGGAAAGUGUAUGUUGCAUCUGAACUUUCUAAUCAGCCAACAGGAAGAGUUGGCACAGUUCUGAGUUUACAAUCGCAAAAUAUUGUACAUCAUGAUGCCUUUAUAUUUUCCUAUGGAUUCUGAGAAACGUCAAGCUGACCAAGAAUUCAGCUAAUACCACUGUAAUUCAGGAUUUCAAAAAUACAUCUGCAUUGACACCUGUGAUGGGAAUUUAAAUAUCUAAUACAAAUGGAACAUUCAAACUGUCAUACAACUUUCAUGAACAGGCAUGGAUUUUGGUGUACAAAGGCCUGUCCUAGAUGUUCAGGGUCCUAACCAGGGUCCACACAGCUGCUAUGCUAGAACAUCAUGCCUCUUUGCUGUGAAAGUGCCAAUAUGAGUGAUGCAAGCAGUGAUACCAUGACAUCAUUGAUCAAGACAUUUGGAAGCACAAUUUGAAAUUAAUCGGUCAGCACAUCUGAAAACAUGUCAGUUUCUUAGUUCUGGCAACAAAAUAGAUGGAGUUUAUUUUACCCACUUUACAACUGAACUACUUAACUGUUGCUUGCAUUUAAUUCCUAUCUGUUUAUUUAUUUUUGUUUCUGCUUUUACUAUUUUUUCCUCCUCUGUACAUAAUAUAUAUAUAUAUAUAUUUAUUAAUUCGCCAAAGCACAAUACCUGUAAAUGCUUAAUGCACUAUUAUAUACAUGUAAACUAUAAAUAUGGUUGCCGA